UUUUUGUGCAACUGAGCUAACUACUAGCGCCGAUUACAGCUUACUUUACCUCUUCCGGUACAGAAGCAGUCAUCUGAAUUGAUCUCAAGUAAUUGGAGGCUGAGGGAAGAGAAGUCAAUGGACCAUGCAAAACAGAUCUUACCUGUCUGCCAGUAUAAGAACACAAACACCCUGACUACAUCAGGAGAGAAGGAUCACAGCGUGACAGGCACAAGGUCCACUUUAGACCUCUUUAGCUUCGACGGUUCUCAGGAAUGGCAUCAGAAGUGUUUGUCCGUGGGAUGCUCUUUCUCUUCCUGACCGUUGUGGGAAUUCCAGGUAAUGCCACUGUAAUUGUGGCAUUCCUCCUCUUGCUGUACCAGGAGAAGCGACUUUUAGCAGCUGAUUCUAUUCUCCUGCACCUGGCCUGUGUCAACCUGUUGGUGGUGGUUGUACGUGCUUUGACGGAGACCCUGGCCUCCUUCCGUCUGGCCGACAUCUUUGGAGACACAGGCUGUAAAUCAGUGAUCUUUAUCUAUAGAGCAACACGUGGCCUCUCAAUCUGGCUCACUUUCCUGCUGAGUACCUAUCAAUGCUUGAGCAUUGCCCCUCCAGGAUCAAGCUGGGCUUCUGUUCGUGCCUUGUUAGGUCACUAUUUGGCCUUUGUGUUCCUCUUCCUUUGGGUUCUCAAUGCCUGCAUGACGACAGCAGCCAUACUGUUUUCUUUCAGUACCAAGAAUGAAACUAGCCCGAUAGACAAUGGCAUUAAUGUACAAUUCUGCUAUUUGAACUUUCCUUCAAAGCUGUCCAGAGAUGCCAACGGGGCAAUCCAGGUUGGCAGGGAUGUUGUGCCCAUGGCCCUCAUGACACUCGCAAGUCUGAUUAUCCUGGUAUUCCUUUACAAGCACAGCCAGCAGGUGAAGGGACUCCGCAGUAGUGGUGGCGGUGGUGCUGGAAAUAGUGGAGCUGAACAACGAGCUGCCAAAGCUGUGGUGGCACUUGUGACCUUGUAUGUUGUCUUCUAUGGGGCAGAUAAUGGGCUUUGGGUGUACACCCUCACUGUGAAGAAAACCAUGAGUUCCUCACUGAUCUCUGACCUGCGUUUAUUCUUUGGCUCGCUAUAUGCAGCACUAAGCCCUCUGGUUAUAAUUGCAUCAAACAGGAAGGUGAACAGCAGGCUGGGGUGUGUAGCACAUGAGAAGUCUGCUGUGGAGAAAAUCAAAAAUCUUUCUAGCAUGUGAGGCCUGCUGGGAUCAGUUGAUCACUGGGCUGAGAUUAACCUCAGACAGAAUUUUUGAAACUCUGGGUCAUGCAUCGGUUAUUCUGUCUUUGAAAUA